AACUCUGAGAAAUGUGGUGCUACUUCUAUCCACAGAAACGUUGGUUGGACGGUGAAGGCCGAACGCCGCAGAACUAUAAAGUCCACCCCUUUAAACCUCUUAAAACCCCCUUAGCGCACGAAGGUGCAAGAUCAAUUGCUCGCGCCAUCCAAUAUGGCUUGCAGGAUCGCUGCUCCAGACUCUGUCUUCCUCUUCGUGGGAGCCAAUCAGAGACCAAUCAAGACCCAGAAGUUUGCAGGUCAAUGCUCUACAGGCUUCAAUGGCUUUGCAUGGGACCCGCUACUCCGCCAGGGGACGAAGCAAAAUAAGUUUCUAGUUCACUCGAGAAAGUCUAGAACUGUACAAGCUGUGGCUGUUCCUGCUGUAUCAUCUGCAGCUGAUGGUGCGGAGUACAGGAAACAGUUGGCCGAAAGUUAUGGCUUCAGGCAAAUAGGAGAAGAUCUUCCGGACGAUGUUACACUGAAGCAGGUCAUUGAUACCCUCCCAAAAGAGGUGUUUGAGAUUGAUGAUGCAAAAGCAUGGAAAUCAGUGCUAACAUCAGCAGCUUCAUAUGCUUUGGGGCUCUUAAUGAUUUCAAAGGCUCCUUGGUUCCUGCUUCCCUUCGCUUGGGCAUGGACCGGGACUGCAGUUACUGGGGUUAGUUCUUGAACUUCCUUCAUUUUGCCAAUUUAUGAAUUCUUGAGCUCAUUCUUCUUGUCUUUCUUAAGUUCUUUGUCAUAGGUCAUGAUUGUGCUCACAAGUCAUUUUCGAAGAACAAAUUAGUUGAAGACAUUGUAGGAACUCUGGCCUUUCUGCCAUUAAUAUAUCCUUAUGAACCAUGGAGAUUCAAGCACGACAGGCAUCAUGCAAAGACAAACAUGUUGGUUGAAGAUACAGCUUGGCUACCUGUUGACAAAGAAGAGUUUGAUUCAUCCCCUCUCCUUCGGAAGGCAAUCAUAUACGGAUAUGGUCCGUUUAGGCCAUGGAUGUCUAUAGCUCAUUGGUGGCUCGCCCAUUUCUCUCUGAAGAAAUUCAGACCGAAUGAGGUCCAACGGGUGAAGAUAAGUUUAGCAUGUGUGUUUGCAUUCAUGGGGAUUGGAUGGCCCUUGAUUAUUUACAAAGCCGGGGUUGUGGGAUGGAUCAAAUACUGGCUAAUGCCAUGGUUGGGUUAUCACUUCUGGAUGAGCACUUUCACGAUGGUGCAUCAUACAGCCCCCCACAUUCCAUUCAAACCUUCCGAAGAGUGGAAUGCAGCGCAGGCUCAGCUUAAUGGAACCGUUCAUUGCGAUUACCCUCGCUGGAUCGAGAUCCUUUGCCAUAACAUCAACGUCCACAUCCCCCAUCACAUUUCAUCGCGAAUUCCAAGCUACAAUCUCCCUGCAGCUCACAGAUCCAUCCAAGAAAACUGGGCAAAGUACUUAAACGAAGCUACAUGGAACUGGCGGCUAAUGAGGACCAUAAUGACGGUGUGCCACGUGUACGAUAAGGAGCAAAACUACGUCCCAUUCGACCAGCUCGCCCCUGAAGACUCUCAGCCUGUAGCAUUUCUCAAAAGGGUCAUGCCUGAUUAUGCUUGAUAAUCUUAGCGUUCUUACCCCCUAUAUUCUGAGCCCAUUCUUCCUUCCAAGAGCUCAUGUUAUCUUUGAUGGUAAAUGAUGCUCUCUAUAUUCCAAUUCUUUGAAUGCUCUCCCAACUGAUUCGCACUCUUGCACCAUAAUAUUACCAAAAAUGCUUGAUUCUUUCUUAUACAUUAGCAGUAUUAUCCGAGUGUGAUGCUGUUAUACAGAUCAAAUCAUACAUAGAUGACCAAAUCGGUAUGGUUUUAUCACAAUAUUAU